AGUUCCAAACCUCCAAGGCGAUGCCUCGAUGCCCAUCCUCCAAUUGUGCAUGCUCAACAAAGGUGGACCUACCACGGUCGCGAAUGGAUAAUUAAGCAGUGUGUGAGGCGACAUCUGCCCUUGCUAGUAAUAUUGUGAUCUCAGAACCCCUGCUGGCGUUUUUUGUUAGUGAUGCUUAUCCCUUUGGGCUGGUCGGACUUGUCAGCGACCCACAUGGAUUUGCGGUCGCCCUCAAGUCCCUUUUCUCUGAAAUUGUCGAACCUGCCGCGCCAGAUCUCUCUGGUUCACCAUCCUCCUUAUUCGUCCACACAGCGAUGACUGUUGGCAAUGAUCCGAUGUCGAUAGCAGUCCAAGGCGCGGCCUUGGUAAGCCUGGUCUGGAGCUGCGCUGUCUUCCUCGUCCAAACCAUCGGAAUCUCCCGGCUCCUCCGCAAUCACUCUCCAACACGUCCGAAGCCAGUGUCUCCCUCGCUAAAACAUGACGAGACCCCUCACAUUACGAUAAUCCGGCCCGUCAAGGGCGUUGAAGUCGGUCUCUACGACUGUCUCGCUUCGACAUUCCAGGUCGCCUACCCAAAGUCGAAGUUGACCAUCCACUUGUGUGUCUCGUCCACCGAUGAUCCAGCAUACCCACUCCUUCAGAAACUCGUCGCGGACUUCCCGGGCUUCGACGCAAGGGUGCUCGUCGAGGAGGAUGACCCUCUGCUACAUGGAACCGAUGGGCAUGUCAACAACCUGGGCCCGAACCCCAAGAUCCGCAACAUGAGCCGCGCAUACCGUGAGGCGAAAGGAGACCUCAUAUGGAUUGUCGACUGCAAUGUCUGGGUUGGGGCCGGCUCUGUGGGAAGGAUGGUGGACAAACUCUGCGGGUUCGGCCCCGACGGCGUGAGGACGGCCCCUUACAAGCUGGUGCACCAGCUGCCGCUCGUCAUCGACAUCGAGGAACCCACAGCAGCCGAGCAGCGUAGCCUCUUAUCAAACGAAACGAGCAAGCCCCGGGCUCCCAAAGGCCUCCUCGACCAUGGCGGCCGCCUCGAGGAGAUGUUCAUGUCGACCACGCACGCCAAGUUCUACAGCGCCAUCAACACGGUGGGCAUCGCGCCCUGCAUCGUGGGCAAGAGCAGCAUGUUCCGCAAAUCCCACCUCGACGCCAUGACCGACCCGGCGCAGAACCCAAUCCUCUCGGCCUCGGACGCCGCGCGCGGGCGCGGGCUGGACUUCUUCUCGUCCUACAUCUGCGAGGACCACCUGAUCGGCGACCUAACAUGGCGCUCGGCCGCCCCGCCCUCGACAGCAGGGCCGGCGUUCCGCAACCACGGCUUGGUGUUCGGCGAGGUGGCGAUCCAGCCCAUGUCGGGCAUGUCGGCGGCGGCGUACGUGGCGCGGCGGGUGCGGUGGCUGCGGGUGCGCAAGUGGACGGUGCUGCUCGCGACGCUGGUCGAGCCGGGCAUCGAGCCGCUGCUCUGCAGCCUGCACCUGUCCUUCGCGCUGACCACGCUCCCCUGGGCCCGCGACGCGCUCGGCCUGGCCCCGACGUGGGCCGCCAUGGCCGCCGUCUGGGCCGCCACCGUCACCGCCUGGAUGUGCCUCGACCGCUGGUUCACCGGCAAGAUGCGCCGGCUGGAGAGCGUCGAGGUGGACGAGAACACGCCUGCCUUUGCGCGGGGGGCGGGCCGGCAGGGGGGCAUCAAGCAGCGGCCGUUUCUUGAGUGGCUAGCCGCUUGGCUGGGGAGGGAGGUGUUGGCCUUGCCCAUCUGGACGUGGGCGGUCCUGCUGGGGGCUACGGUGAACUGGAGAGGCAAGCAGUUCCUGGUGCGUAUGGACAUGAGUGUUGUAGAAGUCGGGGGAAGCCAGCCGCUGGCGUCGGCGCCUUCGGUGGAAGACAGCCGUCCUAAUUCUCGUAAUAAAGACCGUGUGGACUAGACUAGAUUCGGCAGCAUAGAGUUAUAC